AUGGCCAAAAAAACUAGUAUAAAACGAAAUCAACAUACUUCUAAGAAAGCGUCUACAAGUCAAAAGACACCUAAAGCUUCUGGCAUAAAAAAAGUGGUUUCAACUAAAAGUAGUAAGAAUAGUGAAAGCCAUGAUCCUGAAUACAUUAAUAAUGAAGACUUUGAUUCUUUCAAUAAAUUAUCUUCGAACAACAAUGUUGAGGACUCUCAAUUACAGCAUACUCACUCUCAUUCUAGGUCACGACACUCUUAUUCUCAAUUACCAAAACAUUCUCAAUCACCAAGACAUUCUCAAUUACCAAGAUAUUCUCAAUCACCAAGACAUAUUUCAGUCUUGAAAGGUGCUGCCAACACGGCAUAUCGGAGCUACAGAGAUGCACUUCGAAAUGGCGUCAAAAAAGUUGCAAAACAUUUCAUAGAGGAUUUUAAAAGGCGUAGUAGACAUUUAUGUCUCUUGAAAAUGAUAGAAGAAAUAUUGAAAGACAAACUUGUUAAAAUCAAGGAUUUAAAUCAUAUUACUUUGAAUUAUAAUAUUUACGAUGCUGGAGAUACAUUGAAUCUCAACGAUACAAACUUUAAAGUACUUUUAAAGAAAGAGCUAGGCAAUAAAAAAAAGUGA